AUGUUGUAUAAAAUUACUAUCACUAUCUUCGUUUGUGCAGCUACCGUACUAAAUGUAGUUCAUAGUGCCCCGAAUCAACUAAGCAGAGACACGUUACCACAUCGACAUGAAGAUCAGUUAUUAGCUGCGAAUCUUCCUGCCAGCUCAUUAAACCAUUCGAACGAUCCCGAACGAACGGUCCACAAUGGAGACGCAUCACACGAUAAUCAGCAGAAUGGAUCAUCGCGUAUGAAACGAGCGCUCAUCUUUCGGCCACUGUUCGUUUACCGACAGCAGGAGAUUAAAAAGCAAAAGUUGAAAGAAAUGCGACAACAGCAGCAACAAAGUGUAGCGUCAGCUGCGUGUGCUGCUUGCCAACAUCAUCAGCAGUCCGCCCGCCAGCCGGUCCGAUAUUAUGCACAGCAAUAUCCGUACCAGCGGUGGUAGUAAAAGGAUGGUUGUAUAAACAGCAAUUUGACCGUGUGCGAAAAUCAUGACCAACGAGAAUCUCAUUAUCAUGCACGUACCAAACACAAUAU